AUGGCGCUCCAGCGUAUCGACGUGCACCACCACUACGUGCCCCCGUUCUACGCAACUGCGCUGCAAGAGCACGGCGGCGACCCCUCGGGCUGGCCAAUUCCAAACUGGACCGUAGAAGCCGACCUGCAGUUCAACGACGCAGAAAACAUCGCCGUCGCGCUCCUAUCCCUCACCGCGCCCGGCGCCGACUUCCUCCCGCUAGAGCAGCAAGCAGCACUAUGCCGCGAAGCCAACGAAUACGCCGCCGACAUCGUCGCCGCGCACCCCACGCGCUACGGCUUCCUGGCCACCAUCCCCUCGCUGCUCGACCCCGCCGCCGCGCAAGCAGAGCUGCUCUACGCCCUCGACACUCUCCACGCCGACGGCGUGAUUCUCUACUCCCGCUACGGCAACGACAGCCACUACCUGGGCCACCCGGACUUCCGCUCGACCUGGGACGUGCUGGACGAAAGGGGGGUGGUCGUCUUCGUGCACCCGACGCACCCGGUUGAUCUGUCUCUCGUGGACCCCCAGCUGCCCCAGCCCAUCAUCGACUACCCGCACGAGACGUCGCGCGCGGCGCUCGAUCUCAUCGUCUCGGACACGCUGCGCACGCACCCGAACGUCAGCGUCAUCCUCGCCCACGCCGGCGGCACGCUGCCCUACCUCUCGCUGCGCGCGGCGUCGCAGCUCGCCUCGUCCCCAGCCGCUAACAAGACGCAAGACGAGAUCCUGGCCGAGGCCAAGUCGUUCUACUUCGACACGGCGAACUCGGCGGACCCGCUCGUGCAGGACUUCAUCCGCCAGUUUGCGCGACCCGGGCACGUGCUGUUUGGCAGCGACUAUCCGUAUGCGCCGCUAGACGCUAUACGGCUGAUGGACGAUCUGCUGGACGAGUACGCGGCGGCGCACCCGGCGUACGUGCAAGAUGUGGAUGCUGAUGCGGCCGUGGCGCUGUUUCCGCGGCUGCGAGACCUGCUGAGCCCGGCUAAUGGGACGGGCGUCCGCUGGGGCUACCAGUACGGCCGGCGUUGUCGACUCUGCUUCCGUGGUGGGCACUAA